AUGACUGGUGGUGUUCACGUCAGAACAGCUGCUGCUGUCCGCACCGCCGUGCUGUGGGUGUCGCUCUGUAUGCUUCUGCAGCACCUGGGCCACCACCCGCAGUUCACGGCAGAGGCGCAGGGAAGUGUUCAUUUUAACAUUCUGCGGUAUUUCACACUUCCCAACAGUAAGUUCGCUGCUUCUUUUCCUGCUGGACGUGUUGAUUUUAGUAAUUCCGUGGAAGCCUGUCGUACAUCUGGUGGAUCUCUUGUGUCGGGUCAGUCAGCUGCUGCACAAAAUGCCAUUACGGUCCAGCUGAAAGGGGCGUUGCCUAUGGGUCAGUCUCUCUCUCACACUUACAUGGGUGGGGAUGCAAUGUAUAGUGUUAACUGGGAGAAGGACCCAACGAAGCAGUGCACACGAGGGAUUCAAGGUGCUUCACUUAAAUGUAUCUACCAAUGGAACAUUGGGCUUUUUACGAGUGAAUCAGUUGACGGCCAAGGUGUUUCCUUUUACCGUGGUUCGCUUUAUUCUGUUCCCGGUGCAGGGCCAGUAAAUGGGUAUACGCCGUUCUGGCCUUCCAACUACCCUGCACACGGCCAGACCUUCAUGAUCUCUCGGUACGUUUCAGGGUCAGGUGUAUCAUCAACAUGGUAUGAUGGCUAUGGGUUGGCAUCAUCGAAUGCGGAAACACCCGCUGGGAGCUAUCUUAUCGUAUGUGAAGUUCAAGAUUCGGCUGCUGUAAAUACUACCACCCUCCCACCAAGAGAAGCACAGCCUUCAUGGAUCCAAAGUCAUUGGUACGUACCUACUAUCAUUGCUUUGGUUGUGCUGGCAGCUAUCAUUGGACUGAUUAUACUCUGUUGUUGUCUUGGUGGCCGUGACGAAGAAAAGUACCUAUAUCCAAUGGUCAUUAGAGAGGCCAGUGAUACGCCGCUACGCGCACGUGAAAUCACUGAUAACGAUGAUGAUUAUUAUAAUGAUAAUGACAGAGAUGUGUCCAUGGUUCCAUCACAACCCAUGGCAAUGGGAAAUAUUGAAUCUGCGAAUGUAUCGGUGUACUCUGGAGCAGAGAAUGAUAUUAACGACGAUGGAGAUGUGUACUCGGAGGGCAACCGAUAA